AUGACUGAAGCCAAACAAGAUUUAAUUGAAUUAUCAUCAAAUCCUUUAGAUGUAUGGAUAAAUACACAUUAUGAUGAAUUGUGUGCAGGUAUGACGUGUGAAAAUGCUCUAUUCUGCAAACCAUCAGACAUGAAAGACAAAAACUUUCAAAUGAGUAUUAAGGAUAAAUGUGAUAGGAAACAUAGAAGAAUAGACGGUAAACAGAUAUGGUAUUAUGUUUUGAAAGAAGAAAUGAAAGGAUUAUAUAAACAGGUUGAACCAAACGAUAAUGAGGAAUCAUUUACUGAUGAUGAAAUACCUGUAAAUGAGCCGCUAAGCGGCGAGACCUGA